GGUGCACCGGAAGUCGGUCCGUCCCCAAACAGGCUCCCCGCCGCCAUUUCCUCUGCUCUUCGCGUCCCCGCUCUCUGUUUGUUUCUCUUCCUGAAUGGCGGUGUUGGCGCUGCUCGUGGCCCUGCUGGCGUGGGCGGCGUCCGCGGCGGGCGAGGCCUCGAACCAGACCUCGGAGGGCGGGGAGGCGGGGCUCCCGACGGCGGCCACAUCCGGGGCCUCGCUGACGUCACCGCCCUCCCGGCUGAGGCUCUCGGCGCUGCACCGCGCGCUCUACGUCAUCGCCGUGCUGGCCGGCAUCGGGCUGCUCUACUACCUCGGGGGCCGCGCGCUGCGGACGCGGAAGCCUCCUCGCAAAAAGUACGGCCUCCUGCCCAACGCCGAAGACCCCAUGGAGAUGGCCUCCCUGGAGAGCGACGAGGACACCGUCUUCGAGUCCAGGAACCUGCGGCGAUGAUAAUGGGGACCACGGUGUGAUGUGCCAGACGUUGACCGGAAGAGGUACAGUUUCACCAUCGCACCAGCCACCUUUUUUUCCUGAUUUUCUCUUCUUUAUUUUUGUGAAAACUGUCGGAUUUGUUCUCUCUAAAGAGAGGUUGCCUUCCUCCUGAAGGCCGCCGGGAAGGACCGCGGAUACGGAGGGCCUCCCAAAGUGACAGAAUGAAUGUAGCAACGGAAACGGGGUGGGAAAGGGACACGAAGGAGGAGAAAGGCCACACUUACCACAAUGGGAGACGAAGCCGUCGGGAUGGAUCGUUUUGGUUCGCGUGGAGCAAUUAAGAUGGAGAAGGUAUUUAUGUCUCGAUUGAUCUCCCACACAUCGACAUGGGUUAUGGGCCCAGCACGCAUCCGCUGUGCCACAAAAGCGAAGGUCGCAAUAUUCACUCCGUGGUUCGGGAAAUUACACAUCUGCUAGGUUUGCGAUUAAGCAGAACUUAUUUCCCAGGCCUUUGAAGAUAGCCUUGAAUUUGACCAAGCUGUUUUGGAAACGUUUACCUUUCAAGCGACUUCUUCCAUUGAUCUCCCACUCAUCAACAAGGGUUAUGGGCCCAGCACGCAUCCGCUGUGUCACAAAAGCGAAGGGGUCGCAAUAUUCACUCCACAGUUCGGGAAACUACACAGUCUGCUAGGUUUGCGAUUAAGCAGGACUUAUUUCCCAGGCCUUUGAGGAUAGCCUUGAAUUCGACCAAGCUGUUUUGGAAACAUUUACCUUUCAGGUGACUUUUUCCAUUGAUCUCCCACUCAUCGACAGGGGUUACGGGCCCAGCACGCAUCAGGCGACUUCUUCCAUUGAUCUCCCACUCAUCGACGGGUUAUGGGCCCAGCACGCAUCCGCUGCGUCACAAAAGCGAAGGGGUCGCAAUAUUCACUCCACGGUUCGGGAAACGACACAGUCUGCUAGGUUUGCGAUUAAGCAGGACUUAUUUCCCAGACCUUUGAAGAUAGCCUUGAAUUUGACCAAGCUGUUUUGGAAACAUUUACCUUUCAGGUGACUUUUUCCAUUGAUCUCCCACUCAUCGACAGGGGUUAUGGGCCCAGCACGCAUCCGGCGACUUCUUCCAUUGAUCUCCCACUCAUCAACAAGGGUUAUGGGCCCAGCACGCAUCCGCUGUGUCACAAAAGCGAAGGGGUCGCAAUAUUCACUCCACAGUUCGGGAAACUACACAGUCUGCUAGGUUUGCGAUUAAGCAGGACUUAUUUCCCAGGCCUUUGAGGAUAGCCUUGAAUUCGACCGAGCUGGUUUGGAAACAUUUACCUUUCAGGUGAUUUUUCCAUUGAUCUCCCACUCAUCGACAGGGGUUACGGGCCCAGCACGCAUCAGGCGACUUCUUCCAUUGAUCUCCCACUCAUCGACGGGUUAUGGGCCCAGCACGCAUCCGCUGCGUCACAAAAGCGAAGGGGUCGCAAUAUUCACUCCACGGUUCGGGAAACGACACAGUCUGCUAGGUUUGCGAUUAAGCAGGACUUAUUUCCCAGACCUUUGAAGAUAGCCUUGAAUUUGACCAAGCUGUUUUGGAAACAUUUACCUUUCAGGUGACUUUUUCCAUUGAUCUCCCACUCAUCGACAGGGGUUAUGGGCCCAGCACGCAUCCGGCGACUUCUUCCAUUGAUCUCCCACUCAUCAACAAGGGUUAUGGGCCCAGCACGCAUCAGGCAACUUCUUCCAUUGAUCUCCCACUCAUCAACAACGGUUAUGGGCCCAGCACGCAUCUGCUGCGUCACAAAAGCAAAGGUGUCGCAAUAUUCACUCCGCGUUUCAGGAAACUACACAGUCUGUUAGGUUUGCGAUUAAGCAGGACUUAUUUCCCAGGCCUUUGAGGAUAGCCUUGAAUUUGACCAAGCCUUUCUGGAAAUGUUUACCUUUCUGGCGACUUCUUCCAUGCCCCCAACUUCCAUUAUUUAGAUCUCAGUGCAAGGUUUGGAAUAGGAUUCUGGAUAAGAGAAGCAAUGGUUGGAGACUAUUCGCUCUCUUGGCCACACUUUUUACAUGUAAACACUCCACUUUUUGCCCAAAAAUACCACCUAGGGGAAUUUUUGUCAUGAUCUUAGGCCCAAGAGGUGCCUUUUAAUGUCUCUCCUGGGCUUAAAAUGAUUCAGGGUGUCAAUCAAAUCAUAUUUGGAAAUGCCUACUACACUCCUAGGGGGUCACUUGAGGGUCCAACAAGGGUUAUGGGCCCAGCAUGUCAACAAGGAUUAUGGGCACAGCAUAUCGACAAGGGUUAUGGGCCCAGCAUGUCAACAAGGGUUAUGGGCCCAGCAUGUCGACAUGGGUUAUGGGCCCAGCAUGUCGACAAGGGUUAUGGGACCAGCAUGUCGACAAGGGUUAUGGGCCCAGCAUGUCGACAAGGGUUAUGGGCCCAGCAUGUCGACAAAGGGUUAUGGGCCCAGCAUGUCGACAAGGGUUAUGGGCCCAGCAUGUCGACAUGGGGUAUGGGCCCAGCAUGUCGACAUGGGGUUAUGGGCCCAGCAUGCUUCCACUGCGUCACAAAAGCGAGGGGGUCACUUUAGGGUCCAACAUUUCCCCCCGAAUAUAUUUCCCCCCAAAAUAUCCUUGUCUCACGCCAGUUUAAAUGUCUCUCCAUUCCCGCGUCAUUCCUCUUCGAACAAUUCCGGUUUUAUUUCGUUUUGAGAUGGGACAUUCCUGGCUGGAGCCCAAUAAUCCCAUGGCCUUGACGGCUCCCGAACCAUCCCUCCUCUAUAUUAUAAUCUUGUUUUCCUCCUUUUAUGGGACGAGGAUGAGAUCGGUAUCCCAUUGAGAUUGGCCGCAGCUCCCAUCAUUCCUCAUGAUGACUGGGACUGAGGGGAGUUGCAGUCUUGCCGGCCAGCUCCAAGGCCACCACUCCAGCUGUUUUUAGGACUUAUAGUCCACGAAAGGAGCCAAAUUUGGGUGAAGCUUGAAACGCUUGCUUGCAUGAGUCCGCAAAAAAAAACCCCUGACUAUUUUCAUUCAGGAAAUUAAACUAUUCUUAUAACAGUGACCAAUACGGAGCCAGGCUUCGGCCCUCUGCUUUUGUUUAUUCUAGACUGGAAAUACAUCUACUAAUCCUGAAAUAAAGACAAAUAAACACACCA